UCAAUGUCAUUUGGAUUGUAAAUGGGGAUGGUUCCUUGUUUUGCCUAGGUGUACUAAUAUUGAUUUUUCAAAACUAAUUAUCAAUAGCUAAGUUUUAAAUCACAGUUCAUAUCCUAAAUAUCACGUUAAUAGUUGUAGUUACAAUUUACAAUGUCGGCGAAACUUCAUGAAGCCCAAGAGCACUGUAAAGCUGCCGAGAAAUUUUUGAAAACAUCUCUGCUGCGAUGGAAGCCAGAUUAUGAUUCUGCUGCUGACGAGUAUAGCCAGGCAGCACAGUGUUACCGCAUAGCUCGAGACUUGAACAAGUCCAAGGAGUGUCACUUGAAGGCUUCCGAGUAUUACAAGAAAAAUCGGUCGUUCUUCCAUGCAGGCAAGGCUCUGGAGAAUGCCAUCAUUGUCAGUAAGGAGACCGCCACCCCUGAUGAUCUGUACUCGUUAGCAGUGGAGUCCUCAAGUUUGUACCAGCAGCACGGCUCCGGUGACUCUGGCGCCGGCGUCCUCGACAAGGCUGCUAAGAUCCUAGAAGAGAACUCACCAGAGCUUGCGGUCAAGCUGUUUCAGCAAGCCGCUGACGUGUCUUCAACAGAGAGCAGUCAACACCAGGGCUCGGAAUACAUCAGCAAGGCUUCCCGGAUUCUCGUCAAGCUUCAAAUGUACGAUCAGGCGGUGGACAGUCUGCGCCGUGAGAUCGGCUUCCACCAGGAAGCUGGCAAUACCGGAGCGGUUGGUCGGUUGACAGUCGCGAUAGUGCUUGUACAGUUGGCGAGGGGUGACGCGGUCGCCGCGGAGAAAGCUUACAAGGAAUGGGGCAACAACUGUGAGGUGCCAGAGAUGCAAACUAUUGAGCAGCUCCUCCAAGCGUACGACGAGGAGGACCGCGACUCCGCCAAGAGGGCGCUGGCGUCGCCCUUUAUCAGGAACAUGGACGUGGAGUACGCCAGGCUGGCGACCACCAUACCUCUGCCGGAGGGCAUUGACCCCGCCCCCAAAGCCAGCGUGAGGGAGAACGCUGCACCAUCGUAUGUUAGCGCCAACGCUGGUAAUGCCAUUAAACAUCAAGAAGACGAGGAAUCCCCAUACGAGACUGUUACGUAUCAAGAAAAGAAGGCGGAUGACCAAGAUGAGUUGUGUUAAACAUAUUCACACCCGUCGUUGAGCACAAGUCUUGUUUUAAUUAAAGUAUCGUAUAGUGAGAGCUGUGGCAAUAUACAGGGAAGGAGAUUUGACGUAUUAACACAUGGAAUUAAGCGCUGCAUGUCUAAUUAAAGAGAAAAUCAAGUGUGAAGCAAAAAAAAUAAUUUAGACAUUGGUAACGAUGGCACAUUCCAUGCUUCCCUUAACGUAAGAUGCGUAUGUUUAAUAAUUAUUGAAAUGAAAGUGUUAUAUAAUUUUAUUUUAUUAUUUUAACUAUUUAUUAAGCUUUAUGAUAUAUAGCAAGUUUAUUGAUAAGCUUUGAGUGUUAACUACGAUUUACACCGAACGCUGCGCGUCGGAGCUAAUUUUUGAUGUGUUAAAAAAAAUACUUGUUGAUUAAAAUUAUUUUGUUUAAUUUCUCUACCAAUUAGUAUGCGUGCGACUGCCAACAAUCGAGGAUUGACUACUAUUAUUAUUAUCAUAAGUUCUACAACCUUACGUAUUAACCGUCAAUCUCCGACCGGUAUUCAGUCCAAGCACGUUUUGCAAAAAAAAAAAGAAUCUGUUUUGUCAAGGAAAUGUAUAAGUCUUCACUGUAAUCUAAUGUCUAUAUUUGCAUCAAACAUACAAAUUAGAUAUUUAUUUACUAUUUAAGUAUGAAUAACCAAUAAAUAUCUAACUUGUUGACAUGCAGUUGUGUUGUGUGUUUUUUUUUUUUUCAAUGGAUGAAAAUGGUAUGGUAACCCCACCUGCGCUAUCGGUAUACGCUGGCGGGGCACUAGUGAGAGAUGAUAGGUGAAGGUGAAACCAGGUCAGUUAGCCCAUCAUGAAGAAUUCCGUGAGAAUUAACCAUGAUGGUUUUCAGGGGGAACCGCGUGGAGGUCGACCUGAUAGGGUAUGUUGCUAGCAAUGGAACUUCUAGAUCCCAUUACUAACAAUCCCUUUCCCCCCGCUGUGUAAGUGUUAAGCAACUUAUUUUACUUUGAAGACACUUUUAAUUUAUUUACUACAGUGUUAAAUGCGCUUCUAAGCUCGUCGUCCGGUGUAAAUUGUACUAUAGAGUUUAUAUUAUUAGUCAAGCGAAGUAUAUAUGUAUAUUAAAGCUAGCUAGGUGAUAGUUGAUGCCAUGACAAUAUCGUCAUUGCUGUUACGAAGCGACGGAAUUGUCUGUUAGUUUAUUGAAUAGAAAUUAUAUUAAAUUGCCUACAAGAUUUUUUAGCCAACUUUUGAAAAGAACGUUCACAAUUCUGAAUUGAUUUUCACAAUUUAAAUUUGUUAAGUCUCCUUUUGUUUUGGUCGUGUAAUACAAUAGUAUAUACAGUAUGUUACUAACGUAACCCAUUCCUCAAAUUUGGUAUUGAUAUUCAAGAUUUUUCUUUUGUUACUUACAAAAAAUUGUUACGUUAUAUUACAAAAAUAUUAAAAAAAAAUACGUAAAAAAGAAACUAUUUAUAUCUUCUCAAUGACACUACAUAAUACAAAAUAUGUACACAUAUAGUGUCGUUGAUAUGUUAUUUUUUUUUUCGGGAAUUUCAUCAAUCAAAUUAAAAAAGUAGGUUUUCGAUACGAUUGUAUUUUUUUUUUAAAUUUGUCACCUUAUAACUCCGUCAGUUUUUUCUUUUUUGAUGGGUGAAAAUGGUAUGGUAAUCCCGCCUGCGCUAACGGGAUACGCUGGCGGAGCACCAGUGAAGGGUGAUAGAUGAGAAUGAAAACAGGUCAGUUAGCCCAUCGUGAUGAAUUCAUCGGGAAUUAACUAUGGUAGUUUCCAGGGAGAACCGCGAGGAGGUUGACCUGGUUGGGUAUAUUGUUAGCAAUGGGAUUAUCAGUCUCCAUUACUAACAAUCCCUUUCCCCCCUAAUUUGUUUCAAUUUGCAAAAUUGCCUUUUAUAUGUAUACUCAGUUUGUCAUUUGACUUUACGUAACAAUCACACCAGUCUCCCAUUGGGGUAGGCAGAAACAAUAUAAUGCCAAACGAUACGAUUCAAACGGACCUUUUUUGGCUUCUCCGUAAUUUCUUAGGUUUUAUAAACGUUAAAUUCUGUCCGAUUAGAAUCUAUAAUUUAACAGUACAUUGUCUGAACGCUGAGCUAUUUUGAAAUAUUUAAUUAAUGUCACUAUUAAAAUAAAUAAUAUCUAAAUAUUAAUUAAUAAAUAAUUACAAUUAAAUGUGUUUUUCAUGGAACAUCGAAACGUUAAAUGAGUCAAUUGAACUCCGGUUCAAACUGACUCAUUGUUUGUUUGUUUACAGAUUUAAAGUUUUUAGGCAUCCUAGUUGUUUUUAAAAGACAUUAAUAUGUUUAUAUCGAUUUCGGAGUCGAUUCUGGGUUGCCAUUUCUCUAAAACUAUCUCUUAACCCUUUUUUUUUUUCGUUCCGUUUAUCCUAAAGGGAAAGGCAAAGGACUCUGCCCAUACAGCUCAUGUCUAUUCUCUCCAUUUGGUGUUUUAAUUUGACAGUUGCGUAAAAGUAUUGUUUUAUGGACGACAUUAAAACUAAAUUUAUACUAAUUUUAACUGAAUUCUAUUAAAAAUUUAGUACCUAUUGUUCUUUAGAAUAAAUAUUUCGCUAUAAUAUCAAAUUUUAGAGAUAAGUAAUGGCGUCUCAGAAACGACCCCUUACUGUCAAGUAUUUUUUUUUUGAUGGGUGAAAAUGGUAUGGUAACCCCGCCUGCGCUAACAGGUUACGCUGGCGGAGCACCAGUGAAGGGUGAUAGAUGAGAAUGAAAACAGGCCAGUUAGCCCAUCAUGAUGAAUUCAUCAGGAAUUAACCAUGAUAGUUUCCAGGGAGAACCGCGAGGAGGUAGAACUGGCUGGGUAUAUUGCUAGCAAUUGGAUUCUUAGUCUCCAUUAUUAACAAUCCCUUUUCCCCCCUGUCAAGUAUUUAUGUAUACACACAAGUUUGGAUGAAGUGGAUAACUCUGCACCUACACUAUAUAAUUGUAAUUUUUUAAAAUCAUUACAUGUAAUAGAGUGGUACGGAUAGAUUAAUAGCAUGUAUAGAGUAAUGCAUAUUUAAUGAAUAGAUAUAUAAUCCGCGCGGCGUAGAUGGAGAAUUUAAUAAUACAAUAUUUGCAAUUUCUAGUUUGUAGUUUGUUUUUUUUUUAUAUUGUUUUUGAAGUGAAAACGUUGUUAAACGCGUUGGUCAUUUUUUGAGAUGAGAAGAAAGUAUUAAAGUGGUGACACUGUUACCGUAACCGACACCUCUGUAUAUAAGUAUGUACAUAUAUGUGUAUGUACGUACAUAAAUACACAUGUACUGCGUCGCGUACUGCGCGGUUUUAGAGAUGUUUCCUCUCACGAACACUCUGGUUAUGGAAUGAGCUCCCUGCCGAGGUUUUCCCAAGAGACUACAGCAUGGGGUUCUUCAAAAGGGGGGUAAAGAGGUUUCAUCAGGGUCGGCAACGCGCGCGUAAUGCCUCUGGUAUUGCAGGUGUUCAUAGGCUACGGUAACCAUUUACCAUCAGGUGGGCCAUAUGCUUGUGUGCCACCUCAGUGGUAUAAAAAAAUGUAUGUUGGCAUUUUUUGAAAUGGGGAAAAAACCAUUGAACUCACGGUACUUUUGCCAUAACCGAUGGUACUUUUGAUGAUUAAAAAAAUACACACGUAAUUGUUUCAGUUUUCACUUCUAUCAGCACUCCCGGAGUGUCACUGUUUUUUUUAUUGUACUAAAUU